AUGGGCGUGCUCUUCUCAUGCCCCGUGGAGGAAGAGGAGGACGUGCCGGCGGGAGCUGGCCUUCCGGCGCCGGGGUGCGGCGGCGGCGGCGGCGGCAAUGCCGGCGUGGAGCCGACGGCCCUCAAGCCGUCGCCUGCGGGCUCCGGGAAGCUCCGGUUCGAGGGCUCGCUCGGCAGCCUGAUCAGGCGGGAGCAGCAGAGCCCCAGCGCGCGCCUGCAGGUGGACGCCACCAAGAUCCCCGCCACGUCGCCGCGCGCCACCGUGGCGCCCGUGCCGCCGGUCAUGCCCAGGGAGCUCGCGCGGACCAGGUUCGCCGACGCCGCGGCCGCGGCCGCGGCCGCGCCGCAGAGCCCCAAGCACGAGGCGGCCGCCCUGACGGUGCAGAAGGUGUACAAGAGCUUCCGCACGCGCCGCCGCCUCGCCGACUGCGCCGUCGUCGUCGAGCAGAGCUGUGGUGUUCGUCUGAUUUUGGUGUACAAGUACAAAUGCCUGCAAGAUGUACAGAAAAGAACUUGA